AUGAAUAAACCAAACGGAGAUGUUCCCGCGACAGCCGCUGAGUGGGCUGAUUUGGCAAAGAAGAAUGGUGUCCUAAAUAAACUCAUCCACGCGGAAGAAUUGGACUCUGCUUCAAAAAUCAAAUUGCGUCAGUAUCUGCUUCUGCGUAUCCUUCGCAAAAGAUCACAGAGGACUAAGCUGGAUCCCAAGCAGCUUGGCCUAGAACCGUGGAUGAACCAGGCUAAGGGCAUGCUUCAGUCUUAUCCCUCCUGGAACAUCUAUCGCGAGAGCUUCAGGGGUAAACUUGACGAGGGGAACUUUUUCUUGGUUAAGAACUCACAGGCCGAGGCAGCGAAGGUCAAAAGCAACGAAAUAUCCAACAAUGUCAUCUUCUCCCCGGUUUCUAAGCGCACGCGCCAAAACACACGCAAAAGACGCGAAGAGCACACACCCGAAGAGCACGCAACGCCGACUAGAGCGAACCUGCCUUCUGUUGAGACGCUCACCCUCCAUGAUGACACUACCACUACUUCAAAAGCGCCCGUAACCCCAGGAAACGAGGAAGACGAAGAUAUCUUCCCGGAACCGCCGUCCGUCUCUACGGGAGGCUCUCUAGGGCCCGAGGAGCUCCUACGCGAGAUGUACCCCGCAGUCGAUGAUGAGCAAAUUGUAAAUGUUGCUCUAGUCAACUUUCUCCAAGCUCUAACGGAUUAUUUCCCUUCGCUUAAGAGCUCCUGGACCAUCCACCGCAAGCCGCUUAAAGCUAAGUUCAACGAUGCAGAGUAUGAGGCGAGGACGGACGGUUAUCUGCGAGGCAAAGUUGAUGGGGAGGUGCGUGCUUUGAUCGAAGUUAAAGCAGCACUUCGGGAAAAUUCCCGGCUGGAGAUCUGUAUGCAGGAAGGUGCACAGAUGGUCGCUUGGCUUAAGAAUUAUCCCAAAACACCUGGGAAGCUCCCGUUCCGUCGUUUUCACAUCUCACAAGAUAGACAUCAGAUCUGGCUCAGCUUUGCCGAGUAUGACGAUGAGUACAUCAGAUACAUUGAGCAUGGAUCUCAAGAUCCAGGAUGUCCUCGAUCAUUCCUGACGAUCCAUGAAUUUGGUCCAUUCAAUACUCUCAAAGAGUCACAUAUGACUGAAUCUGCAGUUCUACUCCUUGCGCUUACUCUGCGUGCUGAUCACGAUCGUAAAGAAGAGCAGGAGAGCAAUCCAUUCGAUAACUAA